AUGGAUGACACGAACAAAUCAGAAUUUGUUGAAAAGUCAAGUGAAGAGACGAAAGCUCCGCAGAAUGUAAGCUGUAGUCCUUACGUUUGGUUAGAUAAUGUGUCAUCUAAGUUACCCACAUCAAGUCUUUCAAAUCUUGAGAAAAACAGCGUAUCACUGUUAAAGGACAUUUCUUUGAAGAUACUAUCAAAGGGAUUUGUUAUUGUUACUGGCUCUGUCGGUAGUGGGAAGUCCUCGUUGCUGGCAAGCAUUCUUAACAACGAACUUCGUAUUACCAAGGGAAAAGUAAAGCAUUUAGGAAACAUUGCCUAUGUCUCAGACAAACCUUGGGUAUUUCCAGGCACCAUUCGCGAAAAUAUUUUAUUCGGUUCAGCGUAUGAUGAAAAGUGGUACUUAGAAACCAUCAAAGCUUGUCAGUUGGAAAAAGAUUUUAGGAGAUUCCCAGUACACGACUUGUCUCGUAUUGGAGAACACGGUGCAACAUUGAGUGGUGGACAGCGGACACGUCUAGCCUUGGCACGCGCGGUUUAUUCACGGGCAGAUAUAUAUCUAAUGGAUGAUCCUUUAAGUUCUUUGGAUGCCAAGGUUGCAGAAAAUAUUUUUAGAAAUGUUUUAAAAAGAAUGUUAUCAGAACGGAUUGUAUUCUUAGUCACGCACAAGCAUUUCAAUGACGCUGACUACAUCAUAAUGUUGGAUAAAGGUAUGAACCUUUGAAUGCACAAAUAUGUAUAAAAUUAGGAUUUUUUUCCUGCUUAGGCGUGGUCAGUCGCAAGUCGUUAAGCACCCGGGAAGUUGGGAGAGUAAGGGAAAGCGCAAUAGUUGGUGGAUGCACUAGCUGAGACGAAGCCUAACCAUUGAGUGCUCUGCCGACUUUCCAAGUAGACUUUGAGAAUCUGCGCAUGCGUUAUCAAAACAUCAUUACAUUAUAUUAUUAUCCAGCUCCCUCCCCAUUGGGGCUAUUCAGUGACUGAUUACAUCGAUCAUUACGCUUACUUAUGUUACUUACUUAUCCUAGACUAUUUAUCUUUACAACCAUUGCAUGUGAUUACUUUCUUAACUGUGUUUAUCCUAACCCACCCUGUCAACUUUCCCUGUGGGAGGAGACUGGAGCGCCCGGAGAAAACCAACGACUUUCGGCAGAGCGUUGACAGAGUCUUUAUUAGCCUGCUCACAGACGUUGUAGUUCUUACGCCAAGCGACGAAAUACUACCGUCUGCUUACCCGAGCGCCAAACUGAAUUCCGCUACGUCGACCAAUCAGAAUUUACCUUCCAAAUUCUGGAAAGUGACGUCAGUUGAUUUAGGAGCGGAAUAAAUAUAAAUAUAUAUUUUGAAAGCAGUCGUCGGUUGAAUUUUGGUCAAAAUAGCACAUAAAUUGAAUUUAAAGAUACUGAUACUUGUCCAGGUAUUAAAAUGCACCACUAAUGAUCAGAUUUGGAUAUUAAAGAUGUUCGGUUAUAUUUAAAACGCGGACAGGAUUGGCAUAUUUAUACUGUAUAUGAAUCUUAGCCAGACAUCAUCAAAUGCCGAAUAUAUUUCGCUGAAAUUUUAACGGUUUAUCUUUAUAAGACAACAGAACUCGGAAGACAGAAAAUUUUAUAUAAUACUGUGGCUUGGAAAGCGAAAUAUUAGCUUCAAAGUAAACUAAUUUGCUGUUUGAGCAACCACUUCUGAAUGUAAACUGUAAACACAACACAAACCCGAGAAACUUGUAUUAAAAUUGCGCCGUGAUGAAUUUUCCAAUUCGCCCAAAACUUCGAAACGUUUAUACACUAUAAACUUGGCUAUACUUUUCUACAUGACAAUGAGAGCUCAAUCUUUUAGAAAUUUUCGUCGAAGUCAUAUGGCAUAUAGGAAGUAUCAAGAGCAACAUUUGGACUUAUCCUGAUAUACUCGAGUUUCCCGAUUGAUUGUUUCUCAUUGUAAACAAAAAUUUAAAUUUCGCCUACUGCAUUGCUUUAACAUUUUAUAUACACCGAUUGUUUGCUGAACAUGCGAGAAGAUGAUCACAAUAUUAUUCUACCUAAACAUCGUGAAGUUCAACGCUAUAGUUUCCAAAUUAUAUCCACGCACGUAAACAAAUUUCAAGUUUCAACACAAACAAUAUAUUCCAAUGCAUGUGCAAGGGCUUUCCCCAGUAGCUAAUCUCUCAAUAAGGCGGUUUCCAAUUGACUCUAACUCUUUUGAACACUACCCGACGAUUGGCUCCUAAAACAAAGGGAAUUGAAUAUGCAGCUCGGGUAAGCAGACGGUAGUAUUUCGUCGCUUGGCGUAAGAACUACAACGUCUGUGAGCAGGCUAAGUCUUUAUAUGAUCCGCAGCGAGAAUUGAACCCAUGAUCUCAGAGGUGAUAGGCGCUUACUCUGACGACUGCACCACCGAAGCCCCCUAUCAUAUAUCCUGUCCUGUAUUAACUCGGGCUUGUUACCUUCGUUUCGCGGUUUACUUUAGCUAAUCCUUACAGUAACUAAUUAACCCUAAACUCCCACGUUCGAUUUCAACAAAAAGCCAUGAAACAUUGGUAAUCUUCGCAAGUACCUUUGCUCUCGCAUAAUCGGUACUUGCUCUUCGAUUCGCAAGUAUCGUUGCUCUCACAUAAACCCACGCAACUGUUUUCUAUUUCUCUAAUAAAACUUGUCUUAACCGUUUCUGAAAUCGUAUUUGCAGUAAACUUCUGAAUUAAUUUAGGAAAAGGCAAAAUUUUAUAUUUGCAAUUCAAGAGCUUGAUAGCAGUGCUUCCAUUUGCAAGGAAAUUUCCUUGCAAACAGAAAUUUUGGCCUUCGCAAGGAAAUGUGCAAGGAAAUAAAAUUUACAAGGAAAUGGCAAGGAAUUUUGUAGUCAGGAAGGGAAUAAGAAGGAUAUUACGUUAUUUCUGAUAAAUCUUAAAAUUACAGCAAUUUCCAAGCAAAUUCGCUCCAGAAAAUGUCGGAAAUCUUAUUCUGGGGUAUGGAAAAUCCGAAAAAUUUCGGAAGGAUGAUCUCAAGCCAGGCGUUCCUUCUACUUCGAAUAAAUUUAGGUAAUUUCCCCUUUGACAGUCCCCUCCUUUCAAAGUCCAUGAUUCUUCUGGCCCGAGAAACGCACCAUUAUUACAAAAAAUAAGGAAAUUUUGAGCAGUUGUCAAGGAACUUAUUUUUGGGGAGUGGAAGCACUGCUUGAUAGUUAUACCAGUCGGGUUCUACCUGCGCGUGCGUAUAACGUAGAAAGCAUCCAACGCCCAUGGCAUAAUUGAGGAUUACAUAACACUUCGCUAUGUUCUCAUAUGCCCGGAAAAAUUAAUCGUGGAAAUACGUGGCAAAAAAUUCGAAACGUCAGGCUUUAACUCAACACAAGUUUCGUUCUUACGAGUGUGUCUUGAUCUUAUUGGCCGAUGAUGUUAUCUCUCGAGUAUAUUAUCAUGAGCCACAGUGCCAUUCCAAUUCACUCCCAGAGAAAACCAGUGAAAUGAAUGUUACUGGAUUGCUGUCUCCAACUGGAAAUUUGAAAGCAUACUUGAAGGCCAGAUCCUGUCUUUCCUCCGUUGCGAAAAGCGCGAUCAAUCCGUCAAUUCGUGGAAUUCACAAAAAAUUACAAAAAGGGAUUUCAAUAUCGCUCAAAUUUUUUUAUAUUAAUUAUUUUUUUCACGAAAAUAGAACUUUCUAGUAGACACUGCAUUUCGGGUUUCUUAUGUUUUUCAAAUAAUUGUUUGCGCGAGAGAAUCGCGAUCGAGGAAUAAACAUGUGGUCUGGGCCUACCAGACCCUAUCAGUAAUAUACAUUUCACUGGAAGAAAAACUGAGUUCAAAAAUGAAGUGACAAUAACCUAUAUUGAAUGUUAAUUACAAAAAUUUUCCUGGAAUUGGAUUCAUUUGCUUAUAGUAGUACUUUAAAAAAAUAUUUAAUCUAACUUUGUUUAUUAAUACCAAAAGGGGCUGCUUGGUUUAGCGAUUAAUUAACAGAUUAAAUAUGACUUCUUUAAUAGAUAUUGUUGACGGUAAUGAUUAUAAUAUUUCGAUGCAGGUGCAGUUGUAGUUCAGGGAACUGUGGAAGAAGUAAAAAUUAAGAUGCCAGAGAACAAUGAGAACAUUGUAGAAAAUAUCGAUAAAGACCAUGUGGAAGAUGGCGAUGAUCCAGUACAACAAGAACAGUUACAUGAAGUAGAAGAAGAUCGCCAGGUUGGAAAUGUUUCUAUCAAAGUUGAUGCUAAGUAUUUCACGCAUGGAGCACCAGCGUCGAUCCUUUUUCUGAUUUUAUUGGGAAUUGGAGCAGGACAAGGUAAAAUUCAAUCUAUUGCUCAAUUUAGACCCUGUUCACAUUUAUCCGGAUUCAUUUGCAGCCACAAAAGUUUACUCGCCCACACGUAUUCCUGAUUUGUUGUGUUUCGAACGUCCUUGAUAUCCGCGAAAACAAUGAUGAUACGCUGGAAUAUGUUACGAAACAUGCGCCAUCAAAUAUUAUAGACACACAUGAUGGUUAGAGGGCGGAAAAUGAGAGCAAUGUGUUUGCAGAUAGCGAAAGGAAUUAUCAAAAGAAAUGAAAUCUCCGCCAUCUUCAAUUCAGGGGUCACGCAAUAGUUUUAUCUCGACAACCGCUAAUCAUUUUGAACUCAAACUAUACACUGUCUGCCCUUCGAAAUAUCAAGGUCACUCAAAACCUUUAAAACAUCUACCAAUCAAUAUUUGGUCAGUAACGAAUACUUUUAUAUUGUUAAUCCCUGUUGUGACGUCACUAAAACUAUCGUUAUUGUCACGUUGGUUAAAUAUAGCAAAAUUUCUUCCAGUCAUCGGACAUCUGACAGAAAGUGGACAGUACUGUGCAAAAUGCAAAAGUUUCAUUUUUCAGCACAAGUCCGCUGAAAAUGCAUGCCUGUGGUACUGGAAGGAAAUUUGCUGAAUAUCGCUGCAGCGUGUGAGAUCAAAAAUUUAUCUAAGAUGGCGGACAUUACUUCAAGUGAAAAUAUUUCAAGAACUAAGCAACAUAUAAAAAAUUCGGCAAGGAAGUUAAUAUAUAGUUUCAAAAGUUUUUUCAGAUGAGAAAAUAAAAAUUUAUACAGCCAUGUCCCUUUAAAGUUAAAACUAUGUAACUAUAGAUACAAAAAAAAAUUGUCAACUGUUCAACAGAUUUCGUUAAAAAUCUUAAUGGAAGAUGGAAUAGGAAUUCUUAAAAUGAUUUGUUCUUAAUUUAUAAGAAGCUAGUUUAUUCGGAAACCGAAAGGCGUAUUUAGCUAGGUACGUAUAGUGAACAAGUUCAGAGACUGUACCAGACUGUUGGUGAAUUUUUUUUUUGAUCGAACCGUUCAGUCAAAAGAAUUUUUGAAAAACAAAAAUCGUAAAAAUGAAAGAACUGACAGGCUUGCCAAUUAAAUUACUUUUGAUAAUUAUUUAUAAUCGCUUAUUUUUUCCAGGAUUGACCAUGUGGAUUGACAUUCAAGUUGCAUCUUUACCAACUUUAGCAAAACAUGCAGACGAGAUUCGCACGGUAGUAAUCGUAUAUUUGAUAUCUUUAAUCGCUUCUGCAUUAUUGAAUAUCCUGGCCAAUUGUUGCAUUUUCCUUCUACCUAUUCGAGCAAAUUACAAGCUGCACAAGAAAAUGGUGUCUUGCCUCCUUCAAGCUACAACUUAUUUUUACGCUGUGAAUCCUCCUGGUCGUAUUUUAAACAGAUUUUCGCAAGAUAUUAAUAAUCUAGACGAUCUUCUGCCAUUUAAUUUGGCGUAUUUCAUUCAAUGUGUGAAGCUUUCUGUGGGAGCUAUUAUCUUAUGUUUGGUAGCCAACGUCCUCUUACUUCCAGUUAUUGUAAUCACCAUUAUAAUUUGUUUUGGCUUGUCAAGAUUAUUCUUUAAUUCUGCGAUGGACAUCAAACGUUUAAUGUCUCAAGGUGGUGGUCCGUUGUAUUCCCACUUUUCGAACACCAUGGAGGGAUUGAGAAUUAUUCGCGUUCAUAACAGACAGCAACAAUUCACAAACGUUUUGUUCAGGUAUGAAAAAAUUACUGCAUAUAAAGAUCAACGGUGUAUAAGACAUGGUUACGUUUUAGGCCUUCAACCUUCAUAUUGCCAUAUUUCCACUCAGAAAUGAAGACUUGGCUGGUAUUGGAAACCCAAUAGAAAUUGACGGCAAACCAUACCUUCUCACAAAAUGUAUUCAUGUAGAAAUAUUUAGUCUUCUUACGAAUCACGAAAAAAAACAAAAAAAACUCUUUCACGUUCAUGAAAAUAUCGAAGUAAAUCACGAUUUAGCUAAAAUGUCAAAGAACUCCACGGUUGAUUCACAUUUGACUGUGUUCUUUACCGUGAUUUCUCUACCUCAGUCCUGAACUGUCGACUGCCCGAUGGGUUGGUCGCAAGGCGGUCAAGAUAAAAAGAAAGGAUUAUCUAGUCAAUACUACAAGUAUUAUAAGUAUUUUUCCAAAACAAACGAUUCACAAACCACUUUUAUUUCCAUUUUUCUUUCAUUCGCGGAUUACUGUUAAGUUAAAUCGGAACUUUUUUCAUGUGCAUGUAAGAAAAAUGAAAAAGGUGAAGUGUAUAAUUGCUCGCGUAUUUACCUUUCGUUUUGUUACAUUCUACUAUGGUACAUUCAAAAGGGAAAACGAUUUAAAUAGCAAGGCGUUACAUCUGCAAAUUGCAGCAUUUUGAUUUGUUUACGAGCGGUCUGUAAGAUGCAGUACAGACAAAACCGCUUUUAUGUCCGUAUCUGUUAGAAGAAAACAGCCCUAUAAAUAUGCCUGUGACUUUUGAAAUUUUGCAUGUUAAAUUAAAGUUGAAUAAUUUACUGUUGUGUACUCAAAACUGUACUUUGUGUUAAAACGUUGUUUAAUAUGUCUAUAACACUUCAAAUGCUGUUUGGGUGAUACUUGCAAACAUUGAGUGACUUUUUCGGCUAACUAUAAGGGAGACUGGACUACAGGCUUCCUUUGUUCGACUUUUAAUAUAUUGACUGCACGUUGUCAUUAUUCCAUUCAUUAGAAAUUUAAAAUCUGCGUUUUUACAAGUUGAAAUAGUCUUUUAACAAUUUAUAGUUUUUCGAAGAAUGGUCUUUGCAACAUAAAUAAUUUACUUACUGAGGUUAUUCGAACAGGACAGUAUGAUAUAAAGUCUCCUUCUUUUAUCGCUGGUAUAAACCUCCCUUAUAUAGGCUCGGUUCAUUUACAAACAAAUGGGGAGAAAACGACCUAACUAUAAAGAUCCAACAGCCAGGACAUCCUCCUCGGUCAAUAACAUAAACUAUACACUUUAUAUUUAUAUCAAAAUCGCUCUUGAAAUAUCCUACUCAAACAGAACUAAAAUAUGCAUUAAGUGUGAAAAGUUUAAUUAAAGUACGAUACUAACGAAAGUGAUUAACGUUUUAUCACUUUUUGAAAUUUCAGUCUCACUGACCGUCAUCACGAAGCUAUGUAUGCUUAUUAUGCGGCAGCACGUUGGUUUGGACUCGUCGUUGAUGUCAUUGUUUUAGUUUUCUUGACUGUUGUGUCUACAACAGAGUUGUAUUCUGUAACAGAUUCCUCUACAGCAGGUAGGCAUAAGUACAAUUAUUAUAUUCUGUUUUAAAUUAAUGAAGUUUCCUGCAAUUUGAUUGUCUCUUCGCAGAGGGAUUUCAGCAAGAAUCGCGAUGAUAUCAGUACAAUUUCAAAAUGCUUGCAUUCAUUAGCAUGUUAUGAAUCGUUUAAUAUAAUUAUCAGUGAUAAAAAUUUUAGUUACAGGCAGGAGUAAUAUACAUAAUUUUUUAACUUUGCAGCUUGAUGUAUGUUAAAAGUUUCAAACACUCAUUAGUAAUUCAUAAGCUUAUUGGCAAAUCAUGUCAACCAUAAUAUGUCACGUGCAGUGUCUUUAUAAUUAAACUUGAUAAAACACUCCUAAUCAGUAUUCUUUAUAUAAAGAAUACUAAUAAGGCAGUAUCUAUUCAGUGGGGAAUGAUAUUCAUAUAUUCGUGUUCACAGAUCAUAAAAACAAUCGAUUUCAAAAGAAAUUAAUAACGCAGAACACGUAUAUAUGAAUAUGAGCCCCCCCCCCCCAAAAAAAAAAUAUCGAGCUUGCUACGGCAAAUUGAAUUUGUAGUCGACGUGUUUGAAGCCAUUUAGUAAAAUAAACUUGCAGGUCGUGUUUUAUUAAGUCCAAUCAGGGCGCUAUAAAGCACGGGCGGGGAAACGCGCUAAUAGAUGACCGUGCUACGUGUGAUGCACAUUAGGAUUGGCGCGAGCGCGCUUUCUCUAAAGAAAUCAGUAAAUCGCGUACAGGAUGGCAACAAAAAAUGUAAACAAGCAAAUGAGAAAACAAAGGAUUUAAAUGCUCAGUAAUUAUUUUUCGUUAAUUAAAAUUUGAAAUAUUAUUUAAUAUUAAUUUAUAUCACAAGCAAUAGCUUGUGUUGUUUGUUACUGAACACUCGUUGAAAGAAAAUGUCAGGGCAAAAAUUUUACUCUAGCGAUAAAAAUAUUUGCAAAUACGUCCGUAUUUAAAAUAGUGUUUUCUCCUCGUUGAAAUAGGUUCAGAUACAUUUGAACACACCAAACUAUAUAUAUUUAACUUGGCUUUAUGCCUUAAGUAAAAUUGAACAGUGCUUUUUUGUGCUUUUUUCAUAAAACGGGGAUAUCAUGCAGCCUUUAUAGUUUUCCAUAUGCUCCACACGACCAUAGAUCGCGACUACUAUACUUAUUUAUGCAGAUAAUACGAUAUUUAAACAACACAAAUUUUCAAUUAUCAAUAAAACGAAAUCAAUCCCUGCCUCAAAUACAUACUAUAAAUGUUUAUUGAAGUAUCUAGUAUCAGCUUAUUUUGCUAAAAUUGGUAUCUAUUUCACUUGCAAAAUGAACGAAGCUAUUGUUGAGGAAAAGACAUGCAUUUUGAACUCGAUUUUGACGACAUUUUUUUCUUUUUUGUCAAAGCGUGGACGUGUUUAAAAUAGUGUUUUCUCCUCGUUGAGAUAGAUUGAGAUAAAUUUGAACACACCAAACUAUAGACAUUUAACUUGGCUUUAUGUCUCACGUGAAAUUGAACGGUGCUUUUUUGUGCUUUUCUCAUAAAACGGAGAUGUCUUCCAGCCUCUAUAAUUUUCCGUAUACACAGUCACUGCAAUAUGUCAACGACUGCAGUCGCACGAAAAAAGAUUCACGCUAACUAUUUUGGAAAUCAAACCAAUUGAAAAACACUUUACAAUGAACUUUCAAUGGAUUCUAAGUAGGCCGCCUGAUCAGAGUAACACAAAAACGGUUAUAUAUUCAAGUUUUCAAAUUUUGGGGUUUUUUUUUCAAAUUCUAGUUGUUUAAAAUGCAUGCAUGGUCAAUUUCGACCUAUAUGAUUGUUGAAAAAUAGUAGCCAAGCAAUGUCAGAAUAUUCUUACUGUGAAAAUGUUUAUCUUAUCUUCACAUUAUGAAGUGAAAUAUCCCAUGCAUUUCAUACCAAAUUUUUCGUGUUUGGAAUAUGUCCACAUUCGAUCAGUUCGAUUACUUUUCAAAUUUUUAUUCCGCUCAUGAUGAACCUUUAAAGCUUUUUCCUUCAUCAGAUAUACAAAAAAUAAUCCAACAAUGUCUUCAAACCAUCAAGUUGUUUAGGAAAGCAGAAGACUUUUUUUACUCUAGUCAAUUUUUCACCUCUUUUGCAUAAACUUUCCAAUUCCAUUUUUAUUUACAUUAUCCCCGAGCCGACGGCCGAAGCGCCGUGCGAGGGUACUAAUUCCCCCCAGCUAUUUACACCCGGGGAAACGAAAGCAUUAGCGAAGUCUAAAGUUCAUCAAAUAUCGCGGGCGUGACCAACGAACUUGAGUGGGUGGUCAUCCUCACUGAUCUCAAAAAUAUGGCUGAUUGCUUGUGGGAGUGGGAUAAGCAAGAUUUCAAUUUUAAAAGACAUAUAUUUGGAAUAUCGUUUUCUUCAAUUGAUACAACAAGCUUGAAGCAAUUUUGUUUGAAGAAAAGAGAAGAAUUGACUUACUAUGGGAAAUCGUGAAAUAUACGGCAAGUUUGCUUUGAAUUUUGUUGCUUUAACUUUUUGCCUAAAAACAUGAACUCUUUUCUUUUUCAACAAAGCUAUAAGUUUCAUAAGUUACCGUUUAAAUUGAACAAAUUGAUUUGAAGACUGAACUAAAGUUACCUAACAAUUUGUUUUGUGUUUAAAACAGUUUAUCGGCAAAUGUAGUUUAGUUGAAUGAACAUUUCAAAAAUUUCACGAAGCGUUUCGAGUUAAAUUUUACAUUAAAUCAAAGCUCACAAAAUGCAAAAUAAUAUACCUACAGUGUAUAUUUCGGAAAUUUAUUGAUGUAUAGUUAAAAGUACAAAUCUUUCAACUAUUUUGCAGUUUUGUACAAAAAUAUGAAAAAAUUAAAAAUUUAAGAUAUCGUAUUGUCAUGGCAACACUUGAGCGCGAGCCUGAGUUCAUUGUCGGCCAUUUUUGAAUACUUCAUGUUAAUUUAAUGUUUGGAAAAUAUUGGCGAGGGGUUACUGCAUGCAUGUACUUCUAGUAAAUUAAUGUAUACGGGGGGUACGCGCAUGACACAAAGAUCAGGAGGAUCAGAGCUUUAAACCUAAUAAAACACUCCUGCUCGUUUGUUAAACAGUACAUAAUCUACUUGUCUUUUUCGUCUUAAUGUUAAACUUUCUAAUUUCUAUUAUUUCUCAGGGUAUGCACUAAAUGAGUUUAUAUCUUUAGUUGGUAGCAAUUCAGCAAAUUUAUGUUGUGAGUUCAUUAUAACAUUUAAAAACAGCUUCUCGCACAGCAUAGCCGAUCUGUUAUACAAAGUUUACAGUUCUUCUCUUUUUACUUUUUCCUAUAACUGCAGGGUUUGAGAUGCCUUUUAACUGCAUCAAAAUAAUCUUCUGCAGUAAAAAUAUAUAGUUUACAAAUAAUGAAUGUUUAUGAGUGCAAUGGUAAGAAUAUUUUCAUGAGGUGAAAGACGGAAUUUUCCAUUCAACGUGGCGUCAGCCAAGUUUUAUAUGAUACCAAAAUAGACUAAUACUAGAAAAUACAUGCAUGCAGAAAAAAAAACCCUCGCCUUACUGAAAAAAAAGGGAAAAAACCCCAAACCCUCGAAAAACCCCCAAAAAAAACAAACCCCGAAAUCCUCGCCUUACUGACAAAACAUUAUGUUUUCUGAAUAUCAAGAAUUGAAAGCAGUUAUCAUGGUAACACGAUCAUUUUAAGAAUAGUUUUAAAAUUGAAAAAUCCCCCCAAAAUAUCACUUUUAAUAACAAAAUUAUCAAUUUCCCAACAUAUAUAUGUUAGGUAUGUUAUUAUACGUAAUAUAAGCUUCAGUUUAAUGUAAAAUUCAACCACAAACGCUUCGCAAAACGUUUUAAAAUCUUCUUAAAACUAAACGGCCUUUUAUCUAAUUAUCAGUAAGCAUUGAGUUUGAAAUAAACUGAUUUCAAAUUCUCGCAUGAAAAUAAUUUUGGUUUCCUCUUUACAUAAAUACUCUAAUAUACAAAACAAAGGGAAAUUAAUAAAACUUAUAUAUGCAAUGAUUGUAUCAGUUCGAUAUUCGCAGUAUCGCCCACCACUAUCAGUUAUAAACAUAUCAAUUAUAAAACAAACAAUACAUCAAUAUCUAAAACAAACUUACCUUCAUUACGUCGGCGAUUUUGCUCUAUUCUUUUAGACGUUCUUAGACGUUUUUUGGCUCUCAGAAAGCUUUUGAAAUUUACAAAUUUCAUUUUUCAUUUAUUAAAUUGCAUCGUUAAAAUUUUUCCUCAAAAAUACUUCGUUUGCCAACAGAUAUCUUUUACAUGAUCUCUUAUUUUGCAUAGUCCGAUACCAUUGUUCGAGGACAUUUGCAAUAAAUUAUUUGGUAUAUUAAGACCUUUAGAAGUUCCAUUUCACCUAAUCGUCCAUUUGUGGGACAUUUUUUCACGACUUGUUUCAGGGGUGUGGUAAACUCGCACCCCCCCCCCCCACCACCACCCCAUUCACUUAGGACAGGCCCUGUCUGUAUAGUCUAUCCCAUUUAUCCAUCAAGCCUAAUUAAAACGGUGUAUUAAACAGCUCUUUUUUAUGUUUUAGUGCUUGCUUCCGUGGCCAUUCUGUACUCAUUUAACAGUGCUAUAUAUAUAGCAGCUGCUGUUCGUAAUGCCGUCGAGGUGCAAGCUCAGAUGACUUCUGCUGAACGAAUUCUGGCUUACACUGAAAUUAAAUCAGAGAAAGGACACGAGAUCAAUGAACAACCCCCAAAAGAAUGGCCAGAAUUUGGCAGAAUAGAGUUCAAGAAUGUUUCGCUGCAAUAUUAUGAAAACGGGUUUAAAGCAUUGAAAGAUAUAUCAUUUCAAAUCAAUCCAUCAGAAAAGAUUGGUGUUGCAGGACGGACAGGUGCUGGUAAAUCUUCUCUGGUUGCAGCGCUCAUGAGAAUUGGCGAAACUGAAGGAGAUAUUAUUGUAGAUAAUGCGAAUAUUGCCUAUUUGAACCUCCAAUCUACUCGUCAACGAAUUUCUGUGAUUUCUCAGUCCCCUGAACUUUUUAACGGUUCUAUUAGAGAAAACCUAAAUCCAACAGGCGAAUUCAAUGAUUCUGAAAUAUGGAAUAUUUUGGAUCUGAUAAAACUGAGUUUUCUUGUUCGAAGUUUACCAGGAAAGCUGGACCAUCUAUGCACUGGUGGCGGUACAAAUUUUAGUGUUGGUCAACGGCAGUUGUUUCAUUUAGCAAGAGUUUUGUUGAAACAAAACAAAAUAAUAAUUUUUGAUGAAGCUACGGGUAAAGUGGACAGGAAAACAGCAGAACAAAUACAGAACGUUAUUCAUGAUGUACUUAAAGAUUGUACAGUAAUAAUAAUCUCACAUCGUAUGACUACAAUUCAGAAGUGCGAAAAAAUUAUGGUGUUGGAUCAAGGUUGCAUUGUUGAGUUUGAUAAACAACAUGUUUUGCUUAACAGACAAAAAGGGUUCUUAUCGGAACUUGUUAGAAUAUCAAACAAAGGCCAAAUGUACUAAUUAAAAUUAAUAAACCGGGUUUCGUCUGUUAGCGUUUUGUUUGAAUAUAAUUGGACUAUAAGGUAAUUGACACGGAGACAUGGCAUCAACAGUUCGGCAACUGCCAACUAUUACUAUAGUAUGACAUUCCAAAAGAACGAUGCUUUGCAUGCUAUUUCAUGGGUCAAUUAAAUGUACUUUUGCCUGCCAAAAAGAAACUACACUAUACUAUUUACACAAUAUUAUAAUGUUGUACAUGUGUAUUGUUUAAGUAUGCAACGCAACUAGGGGCAAUUCUGGGGGAUUAAUAUUGAAGCAUGUGCAUGGAAUAUUUUUGAUCAUUGAUCAUGCUUUUGUUAUGGGUAACAGUUAAUAGUGACGGUUGAAGUUACACUUUCGUGCAUUGCUGUUGAUUUGCUGACUAUCUUACUACGUACUACUGAUUUUUUACUUGUCACAAUGCCCUCAGCUGAAGUUUGCAGAAUUGCAAGCUAAAUAACAUAUAAUAUGGGCAAUUUAGGUAUUCAUUAAAUAACAUAUAAUAUGUGCAAUUUAGGUAUUAAGGUAAAUAUUUAAUUUGGCUUGAACAUCCAUUUCUGCACUUGUCGACAGCAAGGCUUUAAUUUGCCACCAAGGUAAAGGAUCACCCGCAAUGGGCGUGGGAUCCUGGGCUUAAUGGAGGUGGAGAACUACCCCAUGAUUUUGUUUAUUACCUUAUUAUUCAUAUGGCUUUUGGAUUAUUAAAUUUUUUAUCAAAAUGCUGUGUUGUUACAGAAACUCCUCAAAUCAAUUCUCCUUAUACGAGGAUUCUGAAGGGAGAGGGUGCCUAAUCCCCGUUUCCCAGCCCAAAUCUUGAAGAAAUCCCAUCGCCAUCGUUCCAGACCAUGUCUUGCACAAAUCCCAUUCCCAUUUUUUGUUAUUGGUGAUUGCCAGUUCCAGUGCAUUACCCUUUAAAAUGUUUGUGAUGUUAAAACUAUGAAAAUACCUAAAAGUGAAUAAAAGCAACGCCAGUGGCUAAGGAUUUUUUUGGAAAGAGUGAAUAUGUUUCCAGCAGUCAUUCCUGUCUUUUUCCUUUGGUUUAAAGUUCAUCGGCUUGAUCUCUCGGAAACAGUGUGGUAAAUUUCAGUUUUUUAAAACUUUCGUAAAGACAUGUCAUGCAAAGAUUGUUGAUUUUACGCGACGCUUUUUCAGUCCAGUUCUGCCUUAAUGUAUAGCUAUUCCUCGAAAACGUUUCGCAUCACGACCAGACCUCGAGCUCGUAGGUUCAUAACCUUUUCUUCUGCAUGUUUUGAUAUUUUGGCAUUUUUAUAUUUGACAGCGUUUUAGCAAUUUAUUUAAUCUCAGAGAAAAAAGAACGUUUUAAUGAAAACAGCGCGAGGUUUCCCGACAAAUGAAAACGUUUCAACUAUGUUUGGAUUUUUUGGAUUUUCAGAUAUUUUCGAAUUUUAAGAUUACAUUUAGUACUUCAUAAUUAUAACGUCUAUACAGCUAUAGAACCGCUAUUUUUUUAAUUUGUAAAUGAAUGAAUGAAUGAACAACUUUAUUUAAAGAGGGUAAAAACACAUGACAGCAAUAUAACUGAAAAACCUGUGGCCCUCAUAUACAAUACAUACAAAGUUAUUAAUUCUACUUUAAAACGUCUAAAAGCUAUUUAGAGUAAAUAUGUAAAAGAUCUUAGGAUUAUAAAUUUAUAUAUACAAAUUAUAUACGGUACAACUUGCUGAUCACAAUAAUAAUUCAAAGCGAUCGAUGCCCUUAUAAGAUUCUAAGAAGUAUUUUUUAAGGGCAAACUUAAAGGAAUUAACGCUAGGUUUCGUCUUAAUAUCCUUCGGGAGAUUGUUCCAUAUUUUAAUGCUGCUGACCGUUACAGAUUUUCCUCCCUCAGUUGCAUAAUUAUAUUUAGGACACACUAGAUUAUAUUCGCCAUGACGAGUUUGUCUACCAUUAAUUUCAUUGUUUGUUUUAAAUAAGUUCUUAAUAUACUGCGGAGCUUGAUCAUGCAGGCUCUUGUAAACUAAAGUGCAUUUGUUAAUUUUAACUUCGUCAUAAAAAGGUAUCCAGUUCAGUUUAUUGAAAUUGGCUAUUGACCUGGAGGAAGUGUCAGUUCCUAAAAUUACCCGAGCCGCUCUUUUUUGUAAUUUGAAAAUUCUAAGCAGAUCAUUUCGCGAGCAGCAACUCCAAAUAGAACUACCAUACAUCAUAACUGGCUUGACGACAGCGUUGUAAAAUAGCUUUCUCUCAAGUAGUGGUAAGUAUCUUCGUAUCUUUCUCAGCAGGCCGAUCUUUUUACUAAGGUUUUUACUAAGUUUGUUUAUAUGCUCUUUGAAAGUCAAGUCUUCAUCAAUGAUUACACCAAGUAAUUUCUGCGAAGAAACCAGUUCAAUAUUUGAAUCGCUUGCUGUAAGAGGUAAGGAAGAUAAUUGCAUUCGGGAUUUAAGGCGUUUACCAGUAAUAAGAAUUGAUUUGGUUUUGUCAGCAUUUAGUACCAUUCUAUUUUUGUCUGACCACUGACAUAGUUGGUCUAUAUCGUGUUGAAGGUUAACUUGUAAUUCAGUCGACGCGACAGAGAAGUAGGAACUUGAAGAAAAAGUAGUGUCAUCUGCGUAUACAUCAACAGUUGAAUUAGGUAUGUUUGGAGGUAGAUCAUUUAUGAAAGCAAGAAAGAGAAGAGGGCCAAGAAUGCUACCUUGAGGGACACCAUGAGUUAUACAUAAUGGACAUGAUUUGAAGCCGUUAAUUUCUACAAACUGUGUCCUGUCUGAGAGGUAAUUUUGGAAAAUCUUGAGAUAGGUAUCAUCCACUCCAUAAGCGCUUAGCUUUUGCAAUAAAAGCUGGUGGUCAAUCAGGUCAAACGCCUUGCUGUAGUCUACGAAAACAACGCCA